GAUCGCUGUAAUUAACACGUGUAUUUCCCUGUUGAAUCAAUCUUGUCAACAACCGGUUUCUAAAAUUUCGUUUUUCUCUCACUACCUGUGACUUGGAGCUAAGAUGGGAGUUGGAUUCGUAAUUUUAGGUUCUUCCAUCUUGGCAUUGCUGUUGGCUGGUUAUUUGGCUCAGUAUCUGCUGCCACCUCCUGUACCAAAGAUCCUUGGGAUAGACUUAGGUACAACCUACUCCUGUAUUGGAAUGUACCAUGCAGUGUCUGGAAGAGUAGAUAUUUUGUCUGUCCAAAAUGAACAGCAGUGCAUCCCAAGUGUUGUAGCAUUCAAUGAAAGUGGUGUAUAUGUUGGUUACGAUGCUGUAGCCCAGGCAGAGUACAACCCCAAGAAUACCAUCUAUGAUAGCAAGCGCUUUAUAGGGAGACAUUUUACUCCUGAAGAACUUGCUGAAAUUCAGAAACACUACCCAUUUCAGAUGUCUUUAAGGAAUGGUAAAUAUCCUGUGUUCCACAUCAAUGUUAAUAACAACCUAACAUACAAGACACCUGAAGAAAUUAGCAGCGUUCUUCUUCGAACUCUAGUUGCAGCUGCAGACCGGAACUUGUCAGUUGCUGUUAAGAAAGUUGUCAUCUCUGUACCAGCGGAAUUUGAUGAAAUGCAACGGAAUUACACGAGGAAAUCAGCAAAUCUCCUUGGUCUUCAAGUGAUGCGGAUAAUCAAUGAACCUACAGCUGCUGCUAUGGCUUAUGGUUUCCACAGUGCACCAAGUCUUCGCUACAUAAUUGUUGUAGAUUUAGGUGGUGGAACGCUAGAUGUUUCCUUGCUCAAUGUGCAAGGGGGAAUGUUUUUGACCCUUGCAAUGGCUGGUAAUAACCGUUUAGGCGGACAAGAUUUUAACCAACGGCUUACUGACCACAUGCUGGAUUUGAUCAGUAAACAGUUCAACAAACAGUUAGAAGACAAGACAGACAGACAGACACUGCGUUUUCAAGUAGAGGAAGCUAAAUUGAAGCUGACCAACAAUUUGUCAACAGACAUCAGCAUGAAAAUCACCUCCUUUCAAGGUUCACCAACAUUCCAGACCACUGUCACGAGACAACACUUUGAAAAUCUCAAUGCUGACCUAUUUAAGAAAGUGCUAGACCCUAUUGAUUCUGUACUGAAAACGGUACUUAUGGAUCGCCAGGAAGUGCAUGAUGUUGUUUUGGUUGGCGGAUCGACUCGAAUACCAAGGGUCCGGGAACUCAUUAAAGAGUAUUUCAACAAAGAUCCAAAUACGUCAGUCGAGCCGGAACUAGCUGUAGCCAUUGGUGUUUCCAUCCAGGCAGGUAUACUUGGUGGGAUGUGGCCAUUAACUGUUAGUGCUGUAGAAAAACCUAUACGGACCAAAAAAAUUCAUAUUUCUUGAUCAAGCUAGCAGAAUUGAACUAAACAAAUUGUACAGAC